GAUGCUACUUCCACUGGUCUUAGGCCUGCUACUCCUACUCCUCCUGCUGCUCCUGGACUUAAUCUGGCGUGGAAACCACUGGCAACGCCUGGGAGUGCGAGGACCCCGAGGCUGGCCACUGGUGGGGAAUAUGUCCCAGUUUGCCUUGGGUCGUUGCUCUUAUGGAGAGGUUUAUGCAGAUCUGUACAGGCGGAAUCCCGGCAAGCCCUAUGUGGCCUUCUACCGGCUGUUCAAUGAGCCUGCUUUGCUUAUUCGUCAGCAGGAUUUGCUGCGACAAAUCCUUGUAGGAAACCACUUUGCCGACUGUUCAGACAAUGCCGUUCAUGUGGAUCCUAAUAAACGCGACAUCCUGGCCAGCUUUAAUCCCUUUCUGGCCAGCGGUGAUCGCUGGCGCCUGCUGCGCGGCGACCUGGUGCCCCUGUUCACGCCCAGUCGCCUCAGGCAGCUGCUGCCGCAUGUAAGCCAGGCCUGUCGGUUGCUCAGGGAGCACCUGCCUCGAGAGUCUUUCGAGGCCAAGGAGUGGGCCACACGCUAUACCCUUCAGGUAAUAGCUUCAGCGGUGUUUGGUGUGGAUGCUUAUUGUCUACGGUCAAGGGAGGAAGAUAAGGACAACCCUUGGCUAAAGUUGCUGGCUCCGCUUUUCCAGCCAAGUUCCUGGAGCCUGCUGGAGACAGUGUCCUUGCUGCAUUCGCCUGGAUUGGGAAGGCUGCUAAGCUACAGGUAUGUUCCUUUAUCUGUGCAGCACUGGCUCCUGACCUUGGUGGAGUCCAGAAGUGAAACAAACAACCUCCUCCACUGGUUAGACACAGAGGGCAGGCGAGGUUUGGAUCCUUUGGAGCUGGCUGGGCAUGCCACCACUCUGGUGCUAGAGGGCUACGAGACCUCGGCCAUGCUCUUGGCUUGUGCUCUCUACGAAUUGGCCAGGAAUGAGGAUAUCCAAGAGAGACUGCACAGGGAACUGGAUGAGCAGGAGACUGCUGCUGAUUUGCUGGACAAUGUGGUUUUGGGGAAGCUUCACUACACGGAGGCUGUGCUAAUGGAGACACUGCGUUUGCAUCCGGUGAUGCAGGCCUUGCAGAAACGUUGCACCAAGUCCUUUAGGCUACCAGAAGGAGGACCCAUAGUACAAGUGGGCACGGUAUUGGUUUUGCCUGUUCAGGCUAUACAUUUGGACUCCUCACUUCACCCUGAACCGGAGUUGUUUCGCCCAGAGCGCUUUUUGGACCAGUCUUCCAUGGGCUGUAGCUUCCUGGGCUUUGGUGCUGGUCCCCGCAUGUGUCCUGGCCAGCGUUUUGGCUUAAUGCAGACAAAGGCAGCUUUGGUCAGCUUGUUAAGGGAUAACCAAGUGCUGGAGCACAAUGGAGGAGAGGUCUUGGAGGUGUCUCCUGUGACCUUCCUUACAGCAAGCAAAAAAGGCAUCUGGCUGAGUUUGGAGAGAAGAAGAUCAGGCAGAAAGUCAGGUCCUUACAGUUCAUAGAAAUUUCUUCUUUACUUUUACUUUUCUAGAAGAGAUUCCCUUAGAAUUAGGAAGGAUCCUAUAAGGUCCUAGAAACAACUUCUUUCUUUACCAAAAUGAAUCACUUGAUAUCUUGUUAUCAUUAUCCUUAAAACCCAUUUAUUCCACAUUUAAAAUCCCAAAUAUGACAAGGAUUCCAGCUCAUUCAGUGGCCAGGACACCACAAACUCUGUGAAAAAUCAAACAUUUCCCCGGCUCUAGCAAAUACAUAGUUGCUGAGCCGAGGAUAAUUCAAAUUGCUAUUAAACUUAUCGUCACUCCAGGGGGGUAGUGCGCGGAAUGUGUGCGAUAUUAUGAGCUUAUAAUAACAUGGCAUUUGGCCUAUAUACUACAUA